CCUUUCGAAAUAGUUACGAAAUUGACAAGAAAUUAAGUUUGAAAACCAUCAAUUUUGUGUUAUUUUCUCACAAUUCAAAAGAAUGAACGCUAAGACGACAACGUUAUGUUAAAGACACAAUGCCGUUUGGCAUUCCUACGAAGUUAUGUGCCAUGGAAGUGCUUAAAAACACCGUUUUCCAAGAAUACAAAAACGUGUUCCUGUUACCGUCCUCAGACGGGAAAGUAUGGUAUUGGAGGUGGAGUUUUAAGUAAUUACUCCACUCAAGGUUGGAAGAUUAGGCCAUGCAUUGUUAAUCAUCAAUUACAAUGUCGUUAUCUUGUUCAAUGCACUAAAGAAGCAAUCAGCUCAACGGAAACAUUCACCAAACCAAGUUCAAGUUUAAAUAUUGGUCUUAAUACAAGUGUUGAACAAAGUGAUAUUGUUCAAGAUAAGAGUGAUGUUCCAUCUCAGCUGUCCUGGAAUGAGAAACUCCAAUAUUAUCUAAGAUUAUCAAAGAUACGUUUAACAGGUUUGGUGGUACUGACAACCAUGGCUGGUUAUAGUCUUGCACCUGGAGAGUUCUCAGCAACGACAUGCGCUCUGGUAUCAAUAGGGACAAUGCUAUGUUCUUGCUCGGCUAAUACCAUUAAUCAGUGGUUGGAAGUUCCAUUUGAUUCGCAAAUGUCUCGUACAAAAAAUCGAGUUUUAGUUCGCGGUCUUAUGAGUUCAUCGCAUGCAUUAACAUUUGGAAUACUUGCUGGAGCAUCAGGUUUGACAAUGUUGCUCACUCAAGUGAACGGAUUGACUGCUUUGUUAGGUGCCUCUACGUUAAUUCUCUAUACAACUGUGUAUACUCCAUUGAAACGCCUCAGUAUCGCGAAUACAUGGGUAGGCUCGGUGGUUGGGGCACUUCCUCCACUCAUGGGAUGGACUGCGUGUACAGGAACAUUAGAUCCAGGCGCUUUGAUUCUUGGCGGAAUUUUGUACUCAUGGCAGUUUCCACAUUUUAACGCUCUCAGUUGGAAUCUACGGGCGGAUUAUUCGAGAGCUGGUUACCGAAUGAUGUCGGUUCUCAAUCCAGACCUCUGUCGGAAAGUGGCUUUGCGUCAUUGCGUUUCCUUAGUAGUAUUUUCUACGUUGUUACCUGUUUGUGAUGUCACGACAUGGUGGCUGGCGCUCGACUCCCUUCCCGUGAAUCUAUGGUUAAUCUGGCUGGCGUCAAAGUUUCAGAAACGUUCAGAUAAUAAAUCAGCCAGGGAAUUAUUUCGUUUCAGUCUUCUUCAUUUGCCACUGCUCAUGUUUCUCAUCCUAUUUCACAAGAGGAGCAAGGAAUCCGAAGCAGUUCCUGAAGAAAAAACACUUGAAGGACAUAUUGCUCAACAUCAGACGGACAAAAAUAGCGGAAACUGAGCAUUCUUCAUCAUACAAACUUGCUGUUUAUUUGUCCCACGUGAAGUGUCACUUCAAACUGCAAAAUAUCACGGAAACUUUCACUGCAAGUUUCGAACGAUAGUUUCAUAUGUUUUGGGAAAUAAACCUCUUAGUGCGAAAUAAAUUAUUUAACGAAGUUUG